GUGAAGAGGAAGGUGUCAGCAGCAGAAAGGCAACGGCAAUACAGGGCACUGCGAAAUGCUGACCCUGAAAGGUGGGCAGAAAAUUUGGAAAAAGACAGGGAGAGAUGGAAUAAAAAGAGAAAUGCAGGGUUAACCAGAACAGUGGCUAAUCUGAGUGAAAGGGAGCAGAGGCAUACGCGGACGUAUUGGAGAGAGGCUCAGCAGAGGUGUAGAGCAAGAGGGCAGAGAACUUUUGAAACGCCACCACCAAGUCCUGAACCAGACCCUGAACCACAUACAACCAGCAAAGAAUGCAUGUACGACGAAUGUCCAAAAUGCAGAAGCAAGGUCUACCACCUCAACCAUGACAAUGAUGCUGAGGGUCCAGUAAGAUGUGUUCAGUGGACAUCUGAACUGGGAGAAAGGAGGAAGAAAAACAAAGAAAAUCAGAAAGAAAGUCAGAAAGAAUCACAACCAGUCCGAAUGACUGUGAAAAAGGAGAUGGAGAGUUCUCUAGGUGACAUGUUUGAUAUGUUCCAGAAACAGCUAAGAGUCUUCACAAGGCAUCAUUUCAACAUCAAAACACAAUACGACCACUUCCGUGAGCUCAAGAAAAGUAUGACAUCUCAUGAGUGUUUGAUUCACAUUCACUUUUCAGAAAACUAUGCUUUCAAAUUGUCAGCAGAGAUUCGAGCUGUUCAUUUUGCAUCUUCUCAACAGCAGACAACCCUGCACACAGGAAUCCUUCAUGUGGGUGGAGUGGACAAACAUUUGUGCUUCACAACUAUCUCAGCAUCAAAAGAGAAAAGCCACGGGAAAGGUGCUCCAGACGGAGUGGGUGGGGUUUUAAAAAGAACAGCAGACAGACUGGUCAGUGAAGGAAAAGACAUUCCAAAUCCCAAGCGACUGUAUGACAGUCUGUUGAGUGUCCAGACCUCUAUACAGCUGUUCUACAUUGAAGAGGAAGCUGUGAACAAAGCUGGGCAGAAGAUGCCCAAACAACUCCCAGUGGUUCCUUCCACAAUGCGCCUCCAACAAACGAUCACUCAAGCACCAGGAAAGAUCAUCUACAGCUGUCAGCUGUGCCUGCUCAACGAAACAGAUUCUUGA